CUACGACUGACAGGGACACGUUUUAUGCAUGUUUCAGAGGGGCAGCUGUACGCGGCGACGGUGGCCGAUUUCUCUGGUGGCGAGCCGCUGAUUCACAGGGACAAGAUCCGCACCGAGCGCUCGGAUUUGAACCAGCUGAACGGUCCGAACUUCGUCAGUUCGUUUGCAUACGAAGAUUAUGUCUUUUUCUUUUAUCGAGAAACAGCUGUCGAGUACAUGAAUUGUGGAAAGGCGGUGUACUCGCGAGUCGGUAGAGUGUGCCAGCACGACAAGGGCGGACCUCAUGCGUUCAACGACAGAUGGACGAGCUUCCUGAAAGCGAGGCUCAACUGUUCCGUGCCCGGCGAAUACCCUUUCUAUUUCAAUGAAAUACAGUCGACGAGCGACGUCACGGAAGGUGUUUACGCCGGCGAACGUGCCCGAUUGGUUUAUGGGGUGUUCACAACCCCUGUGAAUUCGAUCGGGGGCUCGGCCGUCUGCGCGUUCUCUAUGAAGAACGUCCUCGAAGUCUUCCAGGGUGCGUUCAAGGAGCAGGAGACCAUAAACAGCAAUUGGCUACGUGUACUUCCGGAAAAGGUGCCCGAGCCAAGGCCUGGUGCAUGCGUGAACGACUCCAGAACGCUUCCAGACGUGACCGUAAACUUUGUGAAAGCGCACCCCCUCAUGGACGACGCGGUCCAAUCCUUCUUCUCAUUACCUGUGAUAACCAAAGUCAGCUUCAACUACAGAUUUACCAAAGUCGCCGUGGAUCCUCAAGUGAAGGCGUUGGAUGGCAAGGCCUACGACAUUCUGUAUGUCGGGACAGACGACGGCCGAGUUCUCAAAGCGCUCAACACUCGUGCACCGGAUUCACUGAGCAAUGUUAGCCAGGUCAUCGUAAGCGACGUUCAAGUGCUGAAGUAUGGACAAGCGAUCAAGGAUCUGUUGGUGGUCCACCUGGCCGGCGAGGCGAGCAAGUUGGUCGUGUUUGCUGACUCCGAAAUUCGCGCGGUACCACUGCACCAUUGCGACGCCCCUGCGGCGGCCACCUGCGCGUCUUGCGUCGGUCUUCAGGAUCCUCACUGUGCCUGGGACGCGACCAAGAAUCUGUGUGUGGCCGUGUCGACGAAACUGCACGACAGCGACGCCGACAAAACCUUGUUCCAGGACAUUGUGAACGGGAGACACAAAGGAUGCGGCUACGAGCCAGAGAUGGCGAAGCCCGUGCAACCAGCGGUUCUGCCCGAAAACGGGCGAGGCGAGCUGCCCGAUGAACGGGACAAUGAAAUCGUCAUCGAGCUGGAUCGAGAAAAUCAGUACGGUCGUACGCAGCCACGAGCUAACGAGCCUCAAGACGUGAUCGCGACACCGGUGCGCGCCCUCAACGAUUUUAAUCGGGGGGACGAGUCGGCGGGCACGCGGGAUCACUACAUGGUUCCGACCAGAGACCCGAGAGAGUUGAACGAGAGGAUCCUUUCCCUGUUCAAUCCACAGUUCCUGCCGAAUUUCAACGACAUGAUCAUGUACGUUGCGAACCAGUACGACGCCAGACGAAGCCCGCCACCUAGAUCGCGCUCGAUGGCGGACGGGGAGGAUCGAUUGUUCAGGCGGUCGAGCAGCUGUCGGAAGAAACGCGUUGGGGCGAGUUCCAUGUUCUUCCGCCGUGGAUUAACGUACGAAACGGCGCGCAAGUGA